CUCCCUCCGCAUCCCGCCCGACUCUCUCUCUUGCAACGAAAAAAAGGAAACAAACUCGCUCAAGGAAAGAAACCACCGCCACCCCUCCCAGAUCCGCCUGCGUCUUCCUCCUGAUCCGCAUCCCGCUCGGCACCUGCUGGGAUCGCCGCCGUGCGGAUCGCCGCCCCGCCUGCGCCUGCGUCUUGCUAGGAUCGCCGCCGUGCGGAUCGCCGUCUUGCGCCGUCGGUUCGCUCCCCCGGCUGCGCUCAGCCGGCAGCUGGCUUGCGGGCGUGCGCGCGGCCUUGCGGUAGGUCCCGUGGCUCCCGGCCUCGGCGAACGACGUGGAGGGCGCGCGCGGCCCGCCCAGUGGAGGCGCACGGUGUCGUCGCAACGCGGAUGCCUGGCCCCGACGUGCGAGCGGCUCGGCCCCGAUUGGAGCUUCGCGGGUGAAUCGCGCGACCACGAGGACGCGCCGGGCUUGGAGCAUUCCGACCCCGCGCAGAUCCUGGUGCGGCUCGGCUUCGAGUCCUCUGGUGGCGACCCGGCCAAGGUCCCCAAGGCGCCUCCUGGGCCACCAAGCUAGCCCCACUGGCAACUCACGCCGCCACGCAUGGCCACUGUCGUCGGUCGUCCGUGCCACCGUAGGCCUGCCCUUGUGGAGGAGUAUGGCCUUCGGCGACGAUGAGGCGAAGAACGGGUUGCAGCAGAGCGAUGCCGACGAGCCCGAGGCCACUGGAGGAUGUUGCAUCUGUGCCCAGAUGGAUAGCGAUGCACGCUCUCCUUCGAUUUGGCGCCUGUGCAGAACUGCAGAUGAGAUACUGCUAUUUGUCUCUUUACGAGUUGAUUGUCAAUAUGUGUUUGCACUUACGUCUGCACUAACUACUUAAAAAUGCUCAAUCUCUGUUAAUUCACAUCAAUGUGUUUUUAACUGAAGUAAUUUUUUAUUAAUUUGAUGAAUUUGGGUUUAAAUUUACACUGCAGGAUAAUGGAGUUUAUGCAAAGUUAACAUAUUCUCUUUAGCAUGUUUCAGAGUAAAACGAUGACCAUAAGAUAUGAUAUUCAUUGAUUGGCCAUGAAAUUUGACAUGACUGGAAAAUUAAAAAAUCUAGCUGGUCCAUAGAUUUGAGAAAAUGAUAUAAAUAGUUACUUUCCUGCAACAUAUAUAGAUGAUCUCUUUGUGUUCAUCUUCAUGCCCUGGGCAUUGAGAUAUGGAAGCUUGACCAGUAUUGUUGAGUCCAUAGUAUGGCCACACGACAGAUUGAUGGCGAUGGAGGGACCCGUUUCAUUUUUGGACGCCUGCAAUUGCCUUCCAAACUCUAUCCUGCUGGCUUUUGGAAGAGCAGAGAUCUUGGAGUUGUUUUGCAGAAGUAUGAAUCCUCACUAUGCAGCAAAGUGUCGUGUUGCAGCCGCAGCCUACUCGAUCCACUCUCUCGGACGAAUGCUGGGCGGCUGGGCCUCGGCCACAGAAAGCCGACGCUGGCCAUUUCGGGAAGGAAGCCCAACUACAAUACAAGAAGCAGACAAAGCAGCCAUGACAGCCCAGUCCAUCCAACGCCCGGCUUUCACUUUUCUACGCAGCGUCUGCCUGCGUCGCGCCUCGGCCUCGCCUACCUCCCGCCGCCGUCGUGGACGCCAUGGGCCGAGGCCGCAACCGCAAGCCCCGCAACUUCGCCACGUUCCGCCUCUGCCCGCGCCCCGGGGUCGCCGACGCCUCCGACCGCGUCUUCGUCCGCGUCGACGACAACCCCUACUCCGUCCCCGGGUUCGCCGACGACGAGGGCCACUCGUCCUCCACCGCCGUCGGUGCAGACGGCGGCGAGCCCGCCGCCUCCUCCUCCGCCUCGGUCGACGACGACGGAGCGCCCCUGCCCGAGCACGUCCGCCGCGAGAUCUUGGAGCUCGGCCUCCCCGACGACGGCUACGACUACCUCACCCACCUCCGCGAGCUCCGCCCCUCCCUCUCCUCCACCGGCGGCGGGGGAUCCUCGGCCGUGUUCCUCCCCAGCCGCCGCCCCGCGCGCUCCGGCCCCUGCGUGGACGUCAAGGCGUACGACUUCACUCGUACUCCCCUUGGCUCCGGGAAGGUUGCAGUGGUGACGGCUAGUCGGGCUGAGGAGGCUAUUGACCUGGAUGUCGCUAGGCUGCUUGACGGGAGAGAUUCGCCGGCCGUUGAGUCGGGGGAUGAGGAUUUGGAGGAGGAUUUUGUUAUCCUUGCUAACGAGCCAGAUGAGGAGCUGAUCGAGGAAGAGAGUGCUGCUGGGGGCAAGGAGAAAGCUCUGCAGCUGCCUCGCAAGCAGUUUGAUUCGCUUGCUUUUGAAGAAUAUGCAGACAGUGGAGAUGAUUGUCAUGUUCAAGAUGCAAAGCAUGAACUUUCCCAGGAUGUUACAAACAAACUGAAAUCGCCUCACAGUGAAAAUUUUGAUGCUGAUAAAAAUUGCUGGGCAGCAGCAGCACAAUAUGUUGCUCACGGGAUACUAGAGUCAGAAGAGCAAAUUGAUACGUCUUCUAAUGCCAUGCCCGAAUGUGUUGGAUAUGCUGGAACAUAUGAAGUCAGUGAAGAAGAACAAGUGAUUCUUGCUCCAGAAAGUAGCGAGGGAUCUGCAGUCAUGUACUCUACUACCACGGUUUCUGGAUCAUAUCUCGAUGUUAAAAUGCAAUUUCCAAAACUUUCCCCUGGAGAAACAAGUAUGAAAAAAUCCAUCAUCAGAAAAGGAAUAGAGAAGCUUCCUACAGCGUAUUUACCUCAGAGGAACACUUUGAGUGGUCAAAAACUGGGACCCUACAAGGAACCAAAAGAGGAAGGGACAGAAAGCUAGAAAGAUCAAGGUUGCAGAGCAAAGAAUGAUGCCGUUGUCACAGGACCAUGUUUUGUACGCAUUAUGAGUUAUGUUUGUUUUGUUAUGUAAAUCUGAAACUUGUACUGUGUACUUUCAAACUUCAAGAGGACUGUAGAAGCGAAAAGAUUGUACGCCAGAUUAGACAGAGUUGUUAGUUUGAUGUGAAGUUUUAUGUCAAGGUUUUUAGGCUAAACAUAGAUUGCAUGUUUUAGGGGUGGCUACAUAUGUAGGGCUGCUGAUCAUCUCAUUGGAAUCAAUCAAGAAAUUGUCACUUCUCAUCCCAAUCCAGACCAGAUGUAUUGUCUCCCAAAUGUCUGCUGGGGAGGAAACAAUGAAAAGAAACAUGUAGUACUGGACUACUGGGUAGCUAAAGGGAUUUGACAGUGAGAGCUUGGUUGAAACGAAAAGAUAUUGGUCCUUCUGUGAGAAAAUCCAACCAACUGAUGGUUCUGCUAACUGGAGAUUUGAGGGCAGUGUACCAUGGAAGGUACUACCAACUAUACUGCAGAACUGCCGGAGACUGGAGUUGCCAUCCAGAUCACUGUUUAGUGCUAGUGCAAGUGCAAUGCAUCUUGAGUUCAGAUCCGACUUUUGUUUCACGAGAUGGACUGGAACCGUAUGCGUGCUGCGUGCAUCAGAGAGAACGCAGAGGUGGUGCAGUGAUUUGUCCUUCCCGGUUUGAACUUUAAACGGAGCCCUUUCAUGGUUGCUAUUGCGCUCCAAUCAUUUGGUGGAGAUGAUGAUGGUACUGCUCCCGCAAGACGAUGACAUCUUAUAAUGUCCUCAUCAUUGGGUAGCAAACCAUACUGUUCGUCCGUAAUACGAUCACCAGCGAUGAUGGUGUAUACCUUUCGUCGUUCUCUCUCAACUGCUGCACUCAUUGCAGCUCUCUCUCUCUCUCUCUCUCUCUCUCUCUCUCUCUC